AUGCCAAGCGAAUAUGAUGAAAUUCUACAGUUGGCUAUGGUCUAUAAACCAAACAAAACGAUAUGUGCCAGCGAUCGGAGGAAAGAGGUUUUCUCACUUAUUCAUAUGUUUCACGUGUUCUGCAUGGAACUGCAGGAGCCGAUAAAUCUUGUAGAUGCUUUGCAACUUCAUACAGAAAAGUGCAAUGGUGCCGUGUUGGACCGUAGUGAACUGGGUUAUGUAAUGGCUGUUCUAAUGGAAUGGGCAUACCAGUCACGAAGUGUUACGCCCGAAUUAAAAAAGGAACGCACCAAAGAGCAAAUGGUGGCAGGUCCGACCACUUUGGAAUUUGUUGAGGCUCACGUUAUCAGCGUGGAAUGCGCCUUCGAAACGAUGUAA